ACGUCGCGGACGGCCCAGAGGGCGCCCGGCUCCCGCAGUUUCGGUUCCUCGGGGCGCUGUUUCGUCUCCGUCCGUCCGGGGCCGGUGCUCUCGGGGCCUCCGCUGUCUUCCUUCCGGAGUCCCGGGCCAGAGCCUCCUCGACCGACGCCGGCCCUGUGCGGACCAAGCUAGACCGCGGCCUCGGGGGUCAGGGUAAACCCGCCUUUCCGCUCGGCCCCAGGGCCCUCCCGGCUCUGGCUGCGGAGGGAGCCGAUCCCAGCCCUGAACCAGCGGAAAACCCACCCCAGCCAUGGGCAAGACACUUUCCCAGCCUGGCUCCCCAGGAGGGGCGGAGCGCAGUGCCUUCCUGUCCACCCGCCCAGCCGGCAGCCGCUUCGUGCCUUGUCCUACCUGCCGGGGCAGCAGAGAGAUCCCCCGAGAGCUGGAAGAGCAGCUGGUGGCCCUUAUCCCCUAUGGGGACCAGAGGCUGGAGCCCAGGCACACGAAGCUCUUCGUGUCCCUGGCAGUGCUCGUGUGCCUGGCCACCACGGGCUUCACCGCCUUCUUCCUGUUUCCCCGGAGUAUCGCCGUGCGCCCUGUGGGCCUGAGCUCCUCCUCUGUGGCCUUUGACAAGGGCACCGUCCACCUCAAAGCCACGAGUGUCCUGAACAUCUCCAACCCCAACUACUGCCCAGUCACCGUGACCCGGCUGACGGUCCAGGCCCUGCACGUGUCCCUCAUGGUGGGUCAGCUCUCUGAGAGCCUCCUGCUGCACAUCGGCCCUUUGGCCAGUGACCAGAUGCUCUACGCCGUGGCCACCAGGAUCUCGGACGAGACCACAUACAAAAUCUGUACCUGGCUGGAAAUCAAGGUCCACUAUGUGGUGCUCCACAUCCAAGGCACCCUGACCUACUCCUACCUGGGCCGCGAGGACCAGCACAGCUUCGAGGGCUCGGAGUACGUGGACUGCCGCCGGGGAAGCGCGCUGGCACCCCACCCGCCCUAACCUGCUGCCCCAUCCUCAGGACCCACGGCCCCACGGCACCCACGUGAGGACGGAGGGGACGCAUCCCCCCUACCCCACUUCCUGCUCUGUCUCCUCCUCCUCCACCCCUACCAGUUCUUUGGGGCCAGCAGCACCGGGUCCCGGCCUUGGCUGGUCUUGGGCAGAGGCUGGCCCGGCCCUGGCCCCCUGCUCCCCUUGCCCCUCUGCCCUCCAGGCCACCGGGGCUGGUUUCCUUCCUGUCAGAAGGUGGCAAACACAAGGUCUGGCCUUUGAACCCUGGGUCCUUUUUGAGGUCAGUGUUGAGCAGUGAGUAACUGGGGGUGGCAGUCUGUCCCUGUGGCCUCCCAGGACUGUGGACAUGAUCCCGAGGCACGACAAGGUGACUCUCAUGGCUGCUGUCCAGAGCGUACCCCGGACAGGAAGGGCUCAGCCCUGUGGCCUUGCGUCCUCCUUUCUGGCAGUGACUGUCCCUGGUCCCUGGGGAGCCACUUUGGGCUCUAAUGCAUUCCUCGCUAGAGAGCGGUUUGCUGUCGUCUUCUGCAGGAGCCGAGCAACGGGGGAGGGAGGUAGGUGGGGCCAUACAGGAGAGACUUGCAGGUGCUUGGACACAGGCAGCAGCCACAGCCCAGCCUCGUUCUACCUCCAGCGCUGGCCAGGCUGCUCUGUUCCCAGAAGCCUUUGUGGUCUGUGCCCUGACAUGAGAAACAGCACUCCCAGACCUGGCCAGUCCCAGCUCUUCCCAUCCCUAGGCUGAGCCAAAGCCAGAGAAACCCGGGUUUCCACCUCCAGACAGCAAGGAAGAAAAGCUGCUGCUAAAGGCAGCCACGUCCUUGUCACUGAUGGGUGGGGAUGGAGUUGAAGGGGGCCAGCCGAGGUGACAGCUGGGAGCCUGUGACUUCGCCAGGGCCAGGGCAGGGCCAUCCUGGGAGGCAGAGGCAGGUGUUGGACAUGUGGGGGUCGCCAGAUGUCAGGGAUUCAUAUUCAGUAAACAUGGAACUGCACUGGGAAUAAAGCCACCAGCGAGAGGGGCGCUGGGCCAUUCCCAUCUCACCACCUGUCUGCUGCUCUCCAGCGGGUGUCGAGGCCUAGGAGAUGCCCUGCUGCCCACCGAGCUGGGUAUGGAGCCCAGGGCCUUCCCACUGAGCUCCAUCCCCAGCCCUUUUCCUUUACAUUUUAAGACAGAGUCUUGCCAAGUUACUGGGCUGCUCAGUUUGGGUUUGAAUUUGCCAUCCUCCUGCCUCAGCCUCCCAGAUGCUGCCAUAAAUACCCUGCUUUCCGGCUUCUGAGCAGUCACUUGCAGGCAGCCCACCCUGAGCUCUCUUCCUCCUCCCUCAGGAGACCCCUCUGCUGCCUGGGACCCGGGUCAUGACUGCAAACUCCUUCUCAGGGUGGAGGACACCAGGACUGGGUCCCCCGGCCCUGUCCCCUCGUCCUGGGCUGCUGAGGGAAGGGAGCUGGGGCUGGGGAGCCUUGGGUCUCUGCUGGAUGGAGGGACUGAGGCCGGGUUCUUCAGGGUCCUGCAUGGGGUGGCCUCCUGCCCAGCUGUGCUCCUCCACUACCCACCAGCUGCCUCUCUGCUGCUGGGCUGCUCGGGCAUGACACCCCCUCGAACAGGCUGGGGGGGUGACACCCCAGUGACUGUCAGGACCCCCGACAGCUGUGGCUACAGAUCAAGAGCAGGAGCCACAGCAGGAAGUGCAGGCUCAGGAGGCCCAGGGCCGACUUGCACCCUUGGCAAAAGCAAGGAAUUGCUGGGCAUGGUGGUGCUGUGAUCCCAGCACUCAGGAGGCUGAGGCAGGAGGAUUGCUGUGAAUACGAGGCCAGCCUGGGCUACACAGUGAGCCCCUGUCUUGAAAAAGAAAGAAGCACGGAAUUGCCUUCCACUCCCAGUCUCCCGUGGGUUGUGCCCCAGGAAGCUGGUGAGGGCCUGGACCCCAGGAGCCACACUUGACUGCAGACAGCAAUUCCCAGAGCAAGGGCUCCCUGGGCGUCCCCUGCCGGUGGUCAACGUGGCUGCUCCUCCGUUCUUGGAGAUGACGGCCAGGGUCCUGCAGUCCACAUCUGGGUCACCACUGCUGGACAUAAUCGGUUGACUGAGAAGAGGAAGGGACAGGAGCCAACCGAGUGAGCAUCUCCAUGCUGCUGUUCAGGGCCUGCUGAACCCUCAGGCUGGGGAAAGAGAGCAACCGAGACCUCCUCCUGCACCGUGCAGGGUGUGUGAUACUGAUCAUGCCCGAGGCAGGCUGUGAAGAGUGAGCCCCACCACUGGCUUGUUUAUAGAAGUGAGUCCACCCGAAGCCUGCGUGCCCAGGUCACAGUAACUCGCACCCAAAUUCCCUCCCUACAACUAAAACCUUCAGACUAGAAGGACAGUGUUUGAAUCACAA